ACCACACACACACCUACUUUGGAAGUGCGCGUUCAUGUGUCUACGUGGUUCAGGCAAACGCCUGUUGUGAAUGGCUUCGCAUCAUUCCGGAGUCGUUUAUGAAUGAAGUGUUAUUCGUAUAAGGGAGAAACAAGGACAGGUUUGGCGGCGAAGGACUGCUGGUGAACCCGCGCGCACCGGAGCGCAUAGUUGGCUGACGUCUCGGAUUCUUUGUCAGUUACUUUUCAGCCGUCAACUUGUCUCUGUGCAUCGGUCCUUUCGCGAAGCGCUCUCAGGAAACUGCUGAAUCGGCUAAAAUGGAGAUGCCUAAACUAAUGCUGAUUUUAUACCUAACCUGCUCGUUAGGACCUACGCUGUCUGUCCAGAUGUGUGAGGUCAUGUGGGAGCUGGAAGCAGAGAAAAGAGAAUGUUUGUCCAAGCUGGAAAACAUCACAUCAGGUUGCACAGGUGAAUGGGAUGUAGCAUGCUGGCCAUCAGCAAGGAUUGGGGAGUUGGUCACCAUCCCCUGUCCGAAAUACUUCAGCCAUGUCAGUGAUCAGAGAGGAAACAUAUCGAAGAGCUGUACUGCCAAUGGCUGGACAGAAAUAAACCCAGUUGUCGCUGCAUAUAACUGUGGCUAUGACCCCAAUAUCACAGAUGAUGGAAACGGUGAAUUCCUGGGCUCUGUGAGAAUUGGAUACACUAUUGGUCACACUGUGUCUCUUAUAUCCCUCAUCAUCGCCAUCAUCAUUCUGUGCUUUUUCAGAAAACUCCACUGCACAAGGAACUACAUCCAUAUUCACCUGUUCAUGUCCUUUAUACUGAAGGCUGUGGCUGUAAUUAUGAAGGAUGUAGUCCUGUAUGAGGUGGAGGAACCUGAAGACUGCCACUAUGGAUUUGUGGGCUGCAAGGCUGCCAUGGUUUUCUUCCAGUAUGGCGUGAUGGCCAGUUUCUUCUGGUUACUGGUGGAGGGGCUGUAUCUGCAUGCUCUCCUGGCCGUAUCCUUCUUCUCUGAGAGGAAGUACUUCUGGUGGUACAUUCUCAUUGGCUGGGGAGUUCCAGCUGUCUUCAUAACAAUCUGGAGCAUCACAAAAGCUUAUUUAUAUGAUAUUGGAUGUUGGGAUUUUAUUGACGAUGAUCUGUGGUGGAUUAUAAAAACCCCUACAUUGAUAACAAUACUGAUGAACUUCAUUCUCUUCAUUUGUAUCAUCCGGAUACUUCGUCAGAAAAUCAGCUGCCGGGAUAUUGGAAGAAAUGAUUCACACCAGUACUCGAGACUGGCAAAAUCAACUCUACUUUUGAUUCCCUUGUUUGGGAUAAACUACAUAAUCUUUGCCUUCAUGCCUCACCACAUUGAGUCUUAUGUGCGUCUGGUGUUUGACUUGAUCCUGGGGUCCUUUCAGGGAUUUUGUGUUGCUGUCCUGUACUGUUUUCUAAAUGGAGAGGUCCAGUCUGAGAUCAAACGGAAGUGGAGGCGGUGGCACAUGCAGAGAUUUCUGGGAGCUGACACCAAAUACCAGCAGCCCUCGAUGGCAAGCAACGGCCUCAACUUCAGCUCCCAAAUCACUAUGAUGACAAACCGCCGCACUUCCGCCUGUCAAGAUGACUUCUCCGCCGUCUGA